AAUCAAGAUCUUGAUAAAUAUUAUGAUUUGAAACAAAAAGUAGAUUCAAAGAAGUCAUUUGAAGGCUUCCUUUACUUACAGUUCAAUUCGGCUUUUCGUGCGUUUAAAUCAAUCCGAGAAGAAGUGAAUUUAACUCUAAGCUGGCCAAUGCCCCCGGCUAUGGUGAACGCUGCCUACGAGCCCACACAGAACUCCAUCACAAUUCCGGCCGGAAUUUUAAAGACACCAUUUUUUGACAGUCAAAGACCUGCUGUAUUAAACUAUGGCGCUAUUGGAUUGGUUGUCGGACACGAAAUGACUCACGGAUUUGAUGACGAGGGAAGUCAAUUCGACUUAAAGGGAAAUCUCAAGAAUUGGUGGACAAAAGAAAUUCAUGAAAAGUUUGAUGAAAAGGCCAAUUGUUUUAUAACUGAAUACUCGGCUGAAUACGUGCCUGAAGUGAAAAUGCAUUUGAACGGCAAGAAUACCGUCGGAGAGAAUAUCGCAGACAAUGGAGGGAUGAGAGAGUCUUACCGCGCGUUUCAGGCAUACGUCCAAAAACAUGGUCAACCCAAACGUCUUCCACACGUUUGGUGUAGUCUUUGGAGACCCGAGGCAUUGAAGACCCAAAUUGAGUACAACCCUCACAGUCCCGGCAAAUACAGAGUCAAUGUUCCCGUCUCUAACUUUAAGGCCUUUUCCGAUGCCUACAAAUGCGGUCCACAAACACGAAUGAACCGAAAAGACAAAUGUAUUUUGUGGUGAAAUACAAUAUUUCUAUAAUAUUCUGUAAUAAUAUUAUAAUAAAUUUAAUAUUUUUAAAACCAAAAA